AUGAAAUCAUUGACCCGAUCGUAUUGCUGGUGGGAAACCAUUGACCGUGACAUAGAAGAACUGUCAAGGGACUGCUGUGAGUGUGCCAGAGUACGGAAAAACCCCGUGGAAGUGGCGCCGCAUUGCUGGGAACGAGCUUCGCAGCCGUUCCAGCGAAUCGAUAUCGACUUUGCUGGGCCGUUUCUAGGAUUAUACUUUUUUGUGAUUGUAGAUUCAUAUACGAAGUGGCCAGAGGUUAAGAUAAUUCCCGAUAUGACAACAGAUACCACCAUCGACCGUCUGCGAGAGUACUUCGUAACUUAUGGAGUUCCGUCAAUUGUCGUCAGUGAUCGAGGAGUUCAAUUUACUUCAGAUCAAUUCCAAGCAUUCCUAAAACGAAACAACAUCAUGCACAAAAUGAGAGCACCUUAUCACCCAGCUACAAAUGGCCAGGCUGAGUGGUUCGUUCAGACCUUUAAGGAUAAACUGAAGGCUUUGAAAUGCGAACGAAAAGCCGUACAGUUUGAACUCUACAAAAUCUUGAUGGCAUACCGAAGAACAGCACAACUGGAAAGUCAUCAUCAGUCACCAGUAACAACUGGAAAGUCUCCAUCUAUGCUAGUGUUUGGGAGACAGAUGAAGUCCAGGCUCGAUUUAUUGGUUCCUGUUAACGCCCAGGAGAAUUCAUCCCGCGAGGAAGGAGGGAAUGUACGACGUUUUGCGAUCAACGAGAGAAUUGCUGCGCGAGAUUUCUUGGGAUCUGCAAUGGCAGUUCGGGACAGUAACUGA